AUGGGAGAGACCUUCUGCAGCGCCGUGUCGUCGUCCUUGUUCUACCGUGUUCAACCUUUCUGCGGCGGUCCUUUCAGGGUCUUUCUCUCUUUUGUUCUCUCUUUCGUACUGCUCAGCGAGAGCGUAAAUGUCACGUACGACCACAGAGCGCUGGUCAUCGAUGGGGCGCGUAGGCUGCUCAUCUCCGGCUCCAUCCACUACCCCCGCAGCACUCCUGAGGUGGCACAAGUCCUCGAACGCUGUCUACCAUUGCUUCUGCUUCUCUCUCUCUCCCCUCCUCUGUUCCGUUUCUCCUCAUCACCCUUCCCUCACUGAACUGCUGAGAAACAUUCGUCACCUGUGUUCUCCCCCUCGCCGCAGAUGUGGCCGGACCUGAUUGAAAAGUCCAAGGAUGGGGGUCUGGACGUGAUCGAGACAUACGUUUUCUGGAACCUGCACGAACCUGUUCAGGGUCAGGUCAGUGUCUGCGUUGGUGGACAUCAGAUCUUCUCAAAAUACCGAUCAUCGGCUCUUGGUCUCAACUUAUAUUGUUUUGACGAGAACUUUGUUUGAUUUUCCUUCCUCACCAGUAUGACUUCGGCGGAAGGAAGGAUCUGGUGAGGUUCGUGAAGACGGUCGCCAAGACUGGCCUUUUUGUUCAUCUCCGCAUUGGGCCAUAUGUCUGCGCGGAGUGGAACUAUGGGUAGGCAGGAACAAUUUCCUCUGUUCCUUCUCUGUUUUCUCUGUCUUAACCGACAUCACAGUUCCCUUCUGAUCUCCUUCUCUUCCGCAUUCGGUGCUGCACGCCAGAGGCUUCCCUCUCUGGUUGCAUUUCAUUCCAGGGAUUAAGUUCCGCACUGACAACGAGCCUUUCAAGGUCUGUCCGACAUCCUGUCUACGCCUCUCUCUCACGCAUCCCUCCCAGAAGCCUGCGGUUAUGAGUCUCUCGCUGUUUUUCUCGUACCUUAUUUCAGAGGGAGAUGCGGAGGUUCACGGCAAAAAUUGUCGAUAUGAUGAAGCAAGAGAUGCUCUUCGCGUCUCAGGGGGGGCCCAUCAUCCUAGCGCAGGUUUGUUUCCAGCUGGGCGGGAAGAUCAAGAAAAAACAGCUCACCGCUUCUGUACCUACUGAGAGCGCUCACAUUUCGGUUUAAUGCUCUUCCGUCGUCCCACCCACGACGAAGAUUCCCACUUGACCUCGCUAGGCUGAUAGUUGUGUAUCGUACAGAUCGAAAAUGAGUAUGGAAACGUUCAAUCACAUUAUGGCUCUGCAGCAAAAUCGUACGUCGAUUGGGCCGCGUCGAUGGCCAUCUCUCUGGAUACGGGGGUUCCCUGGGUGAUGUGCCAACAAUCCGACGCUCCCGACCCAAUCGUGAGUUAAAAUUGUUGCUUCAGAGCUGUUUACAGGUGUGAGCAGUCCAGGGGCUCUGAUUAUUAUUUUACUAUUCCCAUUGGGUUCUUUGUGCAGAUCAACACAUGCAACGGAUUCUACUGCGACCAGUUCAGUCCGAACUCCGCCAAGAAGCCCAAGAUGUGGACCGAGAAUUGGAGUGGAUGGUGAGAUUUCUGGUCUAAUACCGAUUUUUUCCGUGGUCUUGAAAGUGUGGAGAACUGUCCGGUGGCUUGAUAGGCGUACGUUACUUCUGGUUGCUCGUGAUUUCUCACGGUCUACCUUUCUGCUGGUUUUCAGGUUUCUUUCUUUCGGAGGUGGAGUGCCUUAUAGACCUGUUGAGGAUCUCGCAUUUGCUGUUGCACGUUUUUUCCAGAGAGGGGGGACUUUUCAGAAUUACUACAUGGUACGUCAUGGGGUACCAGAGCCCGCUCAGUUCUGAUCGCUAAUCUUCAAACAUGUAAAUAAAAAGUUUUCUUCAGGAAAGUAAGUGUUUUCUGCCGUGCAUUCCGUCUUCUCUCUCGCAGUAUCAUGGUGGAACAAACUUCGGUCGCAGUUCAGGAGGACCCUUUAUUGCCACAAGUUAUGACUAUGAUGCUCCUAUUGAUGAAUAUGGUAAGCUCAAGAAUAUAACACCUGUGGCACUAUCAUUUAAUUUUGCCUAGCUUCGCCUUAUUCUCCAUGACAUCUUGGAUAAUUAAAUUGUGAUAUUGAAGAAAAAAAAACUGGAUGUGACUUGCUUCGAUUUGGGCUCCCCCUCCAUUGUGAGCUUUGAAUAAGUCAUUCCAUAACUUCUACUGGGGGUGUGAUUAUGAAACAUUUUAAGACUAAUCGUUCUGCAAUGAAAACAUGACUUGUAUCUUCAAAGCUUGACAACAGCUCGUUUCCUGCAAUGUUCAUUUUUCUAAGGGAAUUGACGUGUUCUUUCUUGGUCUUAUCACUUUCUAUUUGUAAUUCUCCGUCUCCUUGAUGGUACGCAUAACACAUGGGUGUAACUUACGUCUUCUAUUCCUUGAUCUUUGAAACAUAGCAAGCCUGUACGGUAUGAGAAAAAUAAGUUGCAGAGCAAAUGAGCCAGUGUGCAGUGCAUGGCGUUUUACUGAAGGAUUGACUGUCUUAGCGUCCGGGUUGGACAACAAGUUUACCCCUGGAAAACUUUCUUAGUUCUUUGGUAUUCACCUUCUUUUGAAAUGCCACGGUAAAAGGUUCAGAUUGGAUUUUGUAAUUUCUGGGGCUCUAAUUUCUUAAAGCAUAACUUUCUUAUCCAUAGAAAGCUGAAGAAAUAGUUAUAGUUCCUGUACAUUUUUUUAUCAUUUUAGGAGAUGGGGACUAGUUUUCUCCUUGACAGAUAAAUUCAUUUGUGUGGAGGCCCAAGGGACACGAGGAGAACCCAAUCAACUGUCACUUAUUCGUGAUUCUGUGGUCUGUAUACUUGGUAGAAAGCCUAGCUAGUGGAACUCCUGAAGCAUGGCAAUAGUUGGACAUAGUUAAAACCAUGAAAAAUUCCCUUAUUGAAUAUGAAUUGUAAGGUCAUCAAAACAUUUUUUGUUCAGUAAACUUAAUUUUUUUGAUCCUCUAUCUAUGAUGGUUGUAUGGAGAAUAACAUGACAGAAUCUGGCAUAAUUAUUUAUAAUUUUAUUCAAGGUAUCAUUGAAUUUGCAUCACAGGGAUUAUUAGGCAGCCAAAGUGGGGUCACCUGAGAGAUCUACAUAAAACCAUAAAGCUUUGUGAAGGAUCAUUGAUUGCCACUGAUCCAUCAUACAGCUCUCUCGGCCCAAAUUUAGAGGUACAAUUAUUUCGAGUGAUUAUUUUUUCUUCGUAUGCUGUAUUUUUUAAAUAUUAAGUUGUUGUAAAACUGAGCGCUGAAUUUGUCCAAUUGUUCAUGACAUGAAAAAAGAGUCAUCAAUCUUGUGACUCCAUGAAUUUGUGGGCUACAUUAGGUCUUCGUAACAUUUUUUUUUUCCUGUAAGUUUUCAGCUCAACAGACUAUGGACGAAUUAUGAUGGUUAUAGACAUACUACACAUUUUCGGCAUCUUAGCCAUACAUCUUAAAUAUCGGUGUUUUAUCUCACUAGCGCGUCCUGAAAAUAAUUUCCCGCAUCCUGAGUGGUUGAUGACGGUGCCUUCCUCGGGUUGAUAAGUUGUUGUAACUAUUUCAGGGCUAUAUUUGUUAGACUUAGUUUGCUGGUGAGCUACUCUUCCUUUGCAGUCCUGGAAUUAUGCUUGGCAACAAAAACGAAAGCUUUCUCCAAAGAUAUCAGUUAUCAUCUCUAAAAUCUGUAGAUAAACAAAUAAACUUAAUCAAGAUGAUGAGUUUUUAUACUAAAUUUUGGGAAUAACUUGGGGAUUUGGAAGGUUGCGCAUUACAGUUAGAUGGUCGUGAUAUUUGAACACAUGAUGAGUAAUUCGGAUUUUUGGGAAACGUGAACCUUAAUUUUUUCGAUGUAAAUUUUCCGACAAAAUAGGAAUCGGGGUAAAAAUAGACUUUUAACUGGAAAAAGAUUCAAAUUCCAUAUGAAAAGGUAUUUAAUCAAAUAGCCUGUCUGAUUACUAAGGCCUUCAACAUAUUGUUUCAGCUUGAUGUAAACAAUAUUUGUUUCUUCUUUCUAGGAUAUUUUGGGUUUAAGGAACGGCGUAAUUUUUUGUAGAAUUAUUGUCUCCUUGGGGGAUCAUCUUUUGGGUAAAAGAAGCUGACGCAGAUUCUGGAUAAAAUUUGUUGGUCGUGAGUUGCAUUUUUUCCCAAUGUCGGGCGAAAUAAUAGGAAGUUAUCAUUAGACGGAUAGCUACACAUGAUUUUGAUUUUUUUUUCAUAAAUGCUUUAAAAGGAUAUGGUAUAUGUUCAUUAUUAAUUCUGAUGUAAUGCUGAUUUUGAUCAUAACAUUGCUUUCCUCUUUAUAUGAUAGGCUCAUGUAUAUAAAACAGAAACAGGUUCAUGUGUCGCUUUUCUUGCGAAUAUUGAUGCUGUGUCUGAUGCUGUUGUUACUUUCAAUGGGAAUUCAUAUCAUCUGCCUGCCUGGUCUGUGAGCAUCCUACCGGACUGCAAAACAGUGGUCUUCAAUUCGGCUCAGGUUCACUUCUUUAUGACUAAACAUGGGGCCAUUGUUGAUAUUUCUUUUAUGACUCGAAAAUUAUGUUCGCAAAGGGUUUUACUCUAUUCCUAUGGUUCCCCUACUAAUUCAAUUUGGUGUCUAGAAUGGGAUAGUAAAAAACAGAAAGGAUUCAAUAAGCCGCACUUGCUAGGAGGAUUAUAGAAUGAUUCGAUUAGGUGGCUAGCACAUGUCUCUUAUGUUUUGGAUACCAAAGGGAUGCCAUUCCCAGAACUAUGGUAACCAAUUGUAAGGCCCGUGGUCAUUUAUCUUUAGAGAUGUAAAAUAUUAACGAUUGUUCUCUGCACAGUAAGAGCAUGUAGUAUCAAGAGUUUUGGAAUGACUCAUAUUGAUCAUGGGAUUCUUUGCUGUGCUUUAAAAACUGACGGAAUCGGUCUCCAGAUUGACAACCGAAAUUGAGAGUGUUACAUGUUUUGACCUGAUUUUCAUCAUUCUUUCCUGUGGAAAAUCCCGACGGUGACUUGGCCAACUAAAAUGAUUCUCUCACCAGUUUUUCUGUGGCAUGCUUGUCCGAUUACAUGUCUCAGUCUUAAUGAUUGAAUUUUUAAAGGUACUAAUCUUUGAUACGAGUUGUAUAUAUAUACACAUGUUCCCAUGCAGGGAUGUAUUAAUAAUUGCAUGCAUGCAUGGUUAUAUGCAUUUAUGUUUUCAUUUUAUGUAUUUUGCUUUACUGUGUAGACGAAUAAUCAUGAAUAUGAUUUCUAAAAGCCACUGUACCCGCUUUUUCUAAUGUCACUGCUGCACUAUCAAAAAGGCAGUUACAUGGUUCCAUCUCUGUUGGUGUCCUUGUCAUUUAUGGAGAAGGCUUUCAUUAUUUUGUAGAUUAACUCACAAGUGUUGAAAUUGGAGGCGAGAUACAUGACAUCCCUGGUUCAGACUUCAAGUGAAGCCUGGAGCUCGAUUGAUGAACCUGUGGGUGUCUCUAAAAGUAGUGCAUUUGCAAGAGAUGGACUAUUGGAACAAAUAAACACUACUGCCGACUCCAGUGACUAUUUGUGGUAUUCAAUUAGGUAUGGUAGAGGUUGUGUUUCGAAACUUAAAACUUAAUAGUUAUUGGGUACCGAAUUGAUGUUUCUUUCCUAUAUAUUUCUGCAGCAUAGAAAUAACUGGCGAUGAGCCAUUCCUCAUGAAUAAAAACCAAGCUGUCCUACACGUAGAGUCACUGGGUCAUGUUCUCCACGCCUUUGUGAACGGGGGAAUGGCAGGUGAUAAAAAUAAACAUAUUUAGGGAAUCCCGUCUUUGGGAAUGUUGUAUGAUUCAAAUGAUUAAAAAUGUCGAUUUCAAAUGAAAAUUGUUUUCUAUAUUUACAUAUGCAUUCUAUCACAGGCCGUGGAUCUGGGAGUGCAAGCAACGCAAAGAUUAUACUUGAGAAGACAAUAACACUUAUUCAAGGGAGGAAUACCAUUGAUCUUCUAAGUGCAACUGUUGGCCUUCAGGUGUUCUCUUGUUAUUCCUUUCUGGGCUUUUAGCUGUUGCGAGACAGAUCGAAGUAUGAAACUGCCAUAAUCUGAUAAAUCUUUGUACAGAUGAAUUGAAUACAUUGUGAACAGCUUCUUGAAAGGAUCGGUUUCUUUAUUCUGUGGGCCUUUUUGGAAGUUCUUUUUACGUUCAUCCAUCAUACGUGGAUUUAUAAUCUUUUCAGAUGAUUAAAUUACCGGUAAACAACUCACAGCAUCAGACUGGAGGGAAUUUCUUAUUAACACUGGAUGGUUAAGUUUUAGCAAAGUUGUUGAUAUCCUUCGUCUAUUCACUUACUCUCAAUUUCUUCUCUUUUUAGAAUUAUGGGGCAUUCUUUGACGAAUGGGGUGCUGGUGUUACCGGACCUGUUAAACUCAAGGGUAGCAACGGGACGGCAGACUUAUCCUCAAGAAGUUGGAUAUACCAGGUGGUUCUAUUUCCUUUAUGGUUGAGUUGUUGUGGUCGCACGGGUUGUUUUCUUUGGUUGGUUUUUACUUGGUGUAACUAGCAGAGAAACUUGUAUAGGACGACGGUACCAUGUUUAACAGCAAGCAAAUAAUUUUUACUGGCUUAGUGUCGUACUUCAAAAAUGUUCCUUUUAUUCACUCUUGGUAUUUUGGAGGCAAAAGAGAUGGUCGCAUGCUAAUCAUCUAAGGGAGCGAAUUUUCAGUUAGAAUGAUCCGGGAGGUAAAGAUAUUGUGGCAGGGAACUUUCCGAUUUCAUAGUUCGUUGUCUAGUUGCAUCGUAUCCUAACUUGUUUCCCUCAUUUUCAGUAUUUUACGAUCCACAUGUAGACUGUUAUUUAUUUUUCUUCUUCUCAUGUUAAUUCCUGACGCACAGAUUGGGCUAAAAGGCGAAGAACUAGGUUUAUACAAAGGCUUCAACAAAAGUCCUUUGCUUUGGUCUUCACACUCUCCCUUGGCAAUAAAUAAGCCCCUGAUCUGGUACAAGGUAAAAGCGAAAUCCUUCUGGCGUUCUCACUUUCAGGCUGUAGAUGCGGAUGCUUAGUUUUUGACCAUCAUUGUUUUUGUAUCACAAACUUGACGGCACUAGUUUUCUUAAUGUACAUUUCCGAAUGGUUGUCUACUUUCCCAUCUGAGAUGAGUCAUAUGAAUCUUUUUUCUGUAGACAACAUUCGACUGUCCCGAUGGCAAUGCUCCAAUUGCCUUAGACCUUACUGGAAUGGGCAAGGGUGAGGCAUGGGUCAAUGGACAGAGUAUUGGGCGAUACUGGCCGAGCUACUUGGCACCACAGAGUGGGUGCGCCGAUUCGUGCAAUUAUCGUGGAGCUUACAGGGCAGAUAAAUGCGCAAGGAACUGCGGAAAAGCAUCCCAAACGCUGUAAGAACUCCCAAAAUUUUGACUUCCAAUAUUCCUCUCCUUACAAUCUUCGAUCUUCAAUAUGGCUCGUAACAGGUACCAUGUUCCUCGCUCGUUUCUCCAACGAAGUGGAAACACUCUGGUUCUCUUUGAGGAGGCUGGUGGUGAUCCAACGCAUAUCUCUUUUGCCAAGAGACAGCUGAGAAGCUUAUGUGGUCAUGUAUCCGAGCUGCACCCGCCCCCAGUAGAUGCAUGGAGUUCGGACGGACCAGUAGGGAUCAAAUCAGGGGCAGUGCUUCGUUUGGAGUGUCCUUACCCAAGUCAAGUCAUUGCAUCGAUUAAGUUUGCUAGCUUUGGAACACCGGUUGGCACUUGUGGGUCUUUCAAGCAUGGCCGUUGCCGCAGCGAAAAUGCGCUCUCUGUGGUGCAAAAAGUAUGCAAAUUUUCCUUGCGCUUUCUAGCAGUUGAAUUUCAGUUCAUUUUCUUAUUUGAUGAUUUUUCAUCGGUUCUCACACUGACAAAUAGGCUUGCGUGGGCAUGAAGAGCUGUUUCGUCAGUGUCUCGUCCGAAUCAUUUGGAGAUCCCUGUAAAGGACUCGCCAAAAGCCUUGCUGUUGAAGCUGCUUGCGUGUAG